AUGAAGGUUUAUUACAUCGGCGUGUUCCGCAGAGACCCUGAGCCGACUUUUGAGCUUUGUUCUCAAACUGAUCUCUCGAGCUUCGGUUAUUUUCAACAGACUCCCGUUAGCGAGUUCAUGAGUCUGUUCGCCCGUGCCAUAGCGGAGAGCAAGGACUUGACACCACGUCAAGAAGUCGCAGAACAAUCCUACGUCUUCUACGUGUACAAGCGUUCCGAGGGCAUUGUCAGCGUGGUGAUCACCGAUCAAGAAUAUCCAAAACAAGUCGCGCACAAGCUUCUUUCGCAGGUCUCUGAUGAUUUCUUGACAACUUAUACUCGCGCAAAAUGGUCUCAAGCUGGAAAACUCCCUCUUCCAGUCCUGGGCGAGUACAUCGUCAAGUACCAGGAUCCGAAACAAGCCGAUAGCAUGCUGAGGAUUCAACAAGAACUGGACGAGACAAAGAUUGUCUUGCACAAGACUAUCGAAAGUGUACUGGAACGGGGCGAGAAAAUCGACAACUUAGUUGCCAGAAGUGAAGGGCUGAGCUCCUCGUCCAAGAUGUUUUACACCCAGGCCAAAAAACAAAAUAGUUGCUGUGUAAUUACUUAG